AAGGCGCCUGUUGGUGCGUCUGCCUGCGGCCAGUGCUUGAACGUAUUUUAAACGAACAUAAACAUACUCAUUAUUUUCUUUGAUUUGAUGCAAAUAUCAUGGCUGACCCACCGAAGAAACUGACAUUUGGUUUUUCAAAAGUUGUGAAAAAGUCCAAUUUAGUUUCGCUUCCCCAAGCAGUCCCAGAGAAACCUAAGGAUGUCCAAUUUAUUGAAUGUCUGGAAGCAAACACAAUCAAACUCAGGGAAGGUGAGGAGGAAAAGAAAGACGAAGCACCCCUUGUCAUUCCGAUUGUUGGACCUCGUAAAAGUAGUACCCUUCCAAACGGAAGAAGUAUAGCAGAAGUUGCGGAAGAUUUUAGUGAUGUAGGCAAUAAUGGAACUAAUAAUGCACCGGAGGCUGCCAGUGAUAGUCUACCUGCCAAUUCUUUAGAUGCCAUUGCUGCCCGUGAACUCUUACAAGAGGGAGCCAAUGCUUUGAAAGAAGCACCAGUUCCAACAUUGGAAUCUUUGCCUAGUGCUGAGAAAGAAGCUCUACAAAAAGAGUCUACCCUUGAGGAUUAUGAAAACAUACCUGUCAACCAGUUUGGGCUAGCUAUGCUCAGAGGUAUGGGCUGGAAGCCUGAUGAAGGAAUAGGAAAAAAUAAAAAAUUGGUGCCUGUGACUGCUCCCAAUGUUCGACCAAAGGGUAUGGGUUUGGGAGCAGACAAAGUUCUACUUGCAUCUGCUAAAGCCGCUAAAGCAUCUACCAACUCUAAGGAUGAGGAAGAAUUACGUAUGGCUAAAGGUGCAUAUGUUAAAAUCUUGGCAGGAAUGAACAAAAAUAUGUAUGGCCAGGUUGAAGGUUUCACUGAUGAUUCUGGACGUGUUUUGCUGAAAAUGGCCAUAGGUGGACGAGUAAUAUCUGUCAAUGAAGGAACUGUUAUUCUUGUUUCUAAAAAGGAAUACAGUGAUAAUGGAAGAGUUCUCAAUGCUGCUAAGUAUCAAGAAUACAAAAGAAAUGAAGAGGCAGGACUAGACCCAAUGAAAAUAAAGAAGGAAACCUCUCCAUCUGACGAAAAACCUAGACAGCAAUCUACAAGUUCAUCAAAGACUUCUAAAAGCUCAAAUUCUAAAAGCGGAAACUUCAAGAAAGAAAAGUAUCGUGAGCACUCCCCUAAAAGAGAAAAGGGGUCUUUAAGUCCCAGGCGGAGAAAAGAAGAAUCAACUUCCAGAAGCAGGUCUAAAACACCCCAAAAAUAUGUCCAAAAAAAGCCCAGUAGUAGAGGACAUAGAGACAGAUCUAUUUCACCCUCUUUCAGAAGGAAAACAAGUCCUACUCAUGGAGACAAAAAAAAGACAUCAUCUGCUAGAAACAGAAGUCAAUCUAGUUCACCAGAAAGAAACUCAAGGCAUCAAUCUCCUAGCUCCAGGAGGAGUAGAAGUCACAGCAGGUCUGUUUCUAGAGAAAAAAGUAGAUACUCAGAAUACAAGAAAAAGUAUGAUGACUCUGAUAGUGAAUCUAAAUCGCGCAAGAAAAAAAAGAAAAAACAGAAAGAAAGGAAGCACUCUUCAUCUGACGACAGUUCAAGAUCAAGGUCUAGGUCUCCUAAGAGAAGGAAUAAAAGCAAGAAGCACAGAAAAAGUCGUUCAAGAUCCCCUAGUAGCAGAACACGCAGAUAAAACCACUUAAUGCCCAAGACUGGUAAGUAAACCAAUGUUUUGACCUAAUUUUAUAAAAGAAAGGAAAAAAUCUACGAUUCUAUGUAUGCAGCUUUAUUUGUAAGUAGUAAAAAUAUAUUUUCUAUACAUCAGAAACAGGCAGUUCAGGUUCAUAUCUUAUUUUUAUACAUUUCAUUGAAUAAUAACAAAUCUAUCGAGAAAACUCAGUCAGUCCGCAAAACAUUCUAGUGAACCUCAUUCACAUUAGUAGUUUACAAAUUUUACCGAAAAGUUCUCAAACAAUUUUUAAAUGAGUAUGGUUCUCUAUAUGUGCCAGUAGUUUUUUUUAUGUUUUUACUAUUAUGUAAUUUAUUUUAUUUUUUAAGUUGACUGGCUCAAUUGAUAAGUAUAAAGCUAAGAUAGAUACAAUUUUAUAUGUAUAAAAUAAAGUAAUAAAAAAAAUGUUUUUGGAGUUUAAAA